AUGGCUACCACGAUAAACAAAGUGCGCACUGCUGUUAGAAGAGAUUGCCGACUGACAAAAAACGUCGUAGGUUCUCUUCAAACUUGCAAGUUGAAUGAGAAUGAGGAUUUACUGACGAAAAAAAUCAAUGACAUAGAUGAACAUGCAGAGUCGCCCGAGAUCAUGGCGCAUAGAAAUAACCUAAGAGGACUGCGUGCCAUUUUACAGCAACUGCCUUGCAUCACAAGCGCUGGAAACAGAAGUGUACGAUUCUCUUACAUUCAAUUUGACGAAGCAUUUGCUUUAUUUUUGUCUUUUCGCCCUGGUCUUACUGCAGAAAGUAUUACAGAUACAAAUUGCCAAAAGGUUUUCAAGGAGUUACUCUGCCACCCAAAGCACGGACUAUCUGUUUAUGUUGUCAGCAGCAAAUACAUAUUACUGAGAUCAUCUGAUGUGGAUCUAGAACUGUUUAUUGAAGACAUUAUGUCCUCUAAUGACAACAGUGAAGCGGAAGAGGGUCGACUAAUCAUUUCACGCGAUUUGCUACAAGAUAUGUUGAAUAGCAUGGAUUCCGCAUGGGAUAAAAAAGUUUUGAAGGUGGCGUUGGGUGGCACUCGUAGUAGGAAUCAGUUACAAGAACUUGGAAUUGGUUCUCGUAUACAGCAGUAUACCCAAUCUGUAUUGGAAACCAUACAAGAAAAAAAGACAGCUGAAAAUGAUGCACGUAAGCUCGUUGUUGGAAAUCUUGAACGGAAAGCAGCAAACAUUGGCAAACGCAUACAGAAAGAGAAAUUUAAGUUGGCUCAAAAAUGCAACAAGUGGAAUGAUGUACAGUUGCAUGAACUGCAAGAGAUUAUUGAUGAUUUAACAGAACAAUAUACAAGUGUUCACAAACUGCUUGACGACAAGUCUGGCAGCAAAAAUUUUAAACAUAUGGUAAAACGAAAGCAUUGUAAACUUGUCAUGGAGAAAGGGAUUGGUAUGAGAAAGUCAGGAACAGGAAGACCUCGUGCAAUGGAUGAAACUGAUGAAAACUAUGUUUUACAGUGCAUUGAAAACAAAGCCACAGCACAUGGACGUCGACAUGACAGUGUGAUGUAUUUGAAUCAUAGAGUCAAAAAGAAGGAUUUCUUAAGACUAGCCAACACCAGUAGAAUUUCACGUGGUCUGAAGCCUAUAAAAUCUUCUACAACUGUAUUUAAUCGAGCGCGUCCAAGAAAUCGCAGAUCACUGCAAGCAAAAAAACACCUUGGACUGGGAUUGUUUUGUUCUAAGAAGCCACCCAAGCUAGAAGAUAAUGAGAACAUUCUCACACAUCACCAACGUGCCUUCAAGAAAGCAAUACUAAUGGAACGAUGUGGUGAAGAUGAUGAAGAGAAGAGGAAGUACAAUCUAUUCAUAUCAAGGGAUGAUAAAGCUUAUAUAUGUCCUGGAACUGGCACUGGUAUGCAGAGCGCUCGAAAUGUGAAGAUUAUUCAACCAUCGGAUCCUUCAAAGCAAAGGGUAUUGCCAAAGUAUGAUUUUCCAGAGCGCCUAGUAAAUGCCACUCCAGGUGUAAACCGGAUCAUGAAUUAUGAAAUUAAUAAAGAGAUGGGUUCAAAAGAUCAACUAAAGAUGACAGAUACUGAAGUUGUAGUAUUCAAUAGGCCAAAGAAUUUUGUUGGGAGUAAUGGUUCUGUGUGGGCUUCGGAAUACAUGAGACUACGCUAUAAAGAGCCAGUACUUUUUGUUGUAGAUGAAAGUGAACUCAAAUCAUCCACGGCAUCACUUACAAAGCUUGUUGAUCAGUUAAAGUUGUAUUGCCUCAUGUCUAACAAGUCUGAUGUUUUGAACAUAUCACCAAACCUCAGUUGUGCUCAUCGCCAAUACGAAAUCCUUAGAGCUACAAGUCUUGUUCGUAUAUUGACAUCUUUCCAAGAUACUGUUGAAGAAGAGCCUAAUAACUAUUUGGAUGUAGACAUGAACACUCUUGCUGAACUGGUUAAUUCAUCCACAGAAUUGUUGGGGAAAUUGCAGUCUGAUUGUCACCAUUCUGUUAUUUGGAAUGCCAUGGAAGCCCUUCUCAAAUCAUGCAGGCAAAAUGUGACAAAUCUAGCUGAAUGUCUACCUGAAUUCAAGUCUAGAAUUCAUAAGUUUACUGACGCUGGUCCAGGUGUAGGCAUAACAAAUUAUGAUGUGAAAGUUCGUUGUGCUGAAAUCAUUCUACUGACUGGCAUUGAUUAUUAUAUCAGACACCAUUUGGCCAAUGGUGAUAGCAGCCAAAAUGAGGUUGAACGCUGUCAGAGUUACGUUGGUGAUGCCAUAUGUGAUGGUGGGGCUUUGAUUUGGGAAUACAAAUCAUCAUAUGAGGGACUAACAGAAGAACAAAUUUCUGCCAUGAGUUUUGAUGAACUGGAGAAAAGCGAACAUGAUAGAAUGAAAUACAAUGCUUUCAAGGUAUGUGAGGAACUUACUUACCGAAUAGAUGGGGCAACUGCUCCUGGGGGAUUCAUGAAAGCAUAUACUUCGCAAGAUUCAGAGGAUUUGUUUUUUAACAAUCACGAUCAUUUGAAAGCCUUCUUAUCUACCACAGAUAUAAAGGGAAAUAAAAAACAAUGCCCUGGUUGGAAUUAUUUCACUAUGCUGAAAACUUUCUUUGACCAGCAUGUUGAAGUUGGAGAGAAAUACAUGGAGUAUGUCAAAUGUACUUGUGAGCAUUGUCAAAUUUGUGCUACAAAUACUUGGGUUGGACCUCCUUGUUGUAAGGUUCCAAAACCUUACCCAGAUUACGCAAUGUUAAUCUUUGGAUUUCACUAUUUGGAUGUUAAUAGCACCCCAACUGAAGUUGAUGGUGAAGCUAGGGCAAUUGAUGAUUUCCAGCCCAGAAAACAAGCAGCUGACCAAAUGAAAAAAAAAAAGCUAGAAAGUGAGGAACAGCUGGACACAUUUUCAAAAAAGUUUAUUGUUGAGAAAACGAGAUUGAGAAAAUAUAUUGAACAUCUAACUGAUUUGGAGAUUAAAAGAAAGAAAAGAGCAGAGAACAGAAAAAAAUUGUCAGAGCAAGAACAGCAGAAAACAUUUUUAGAAUAUAAUUGGUUGGAAUUAUUUGAGAAAGGUUUGUUGUCAAAACUCAAAGUAAAUGUUCUGGACAAAUACUUAUCUAAUUAUAAACUGCAGGGCAAAUUGAAAUUAAAGAAAGCAGAGAAAGUACGUAUAAUUCAGAGACAUAUUGCUACAACACAUGUGGAGCUAGAUGCAGGUAAUAAAGAUCAGCCAUUGAUAGAUAUGGAUCAAGAUGAACUAAAUUCAGAUCAACCAUGUGACACAGAAUCGGAAACUAACUCUGAACUUGAGUCUGGGGAUAGUGCAAAUGACAUAGUUUUAGCAGAUACUUAUCUUUCUGAUUCAUCAUCUGGUAGUGAAGAACAAGAAACAGCAAAUGAUGCUAUUGAAAUCAGUACUUUGUUUACAACAACAAGAAGUGGUCGAAUAACUGCAAACACAACCAACUGGAGAGCAGCUCAGUAUUGGUGAUGAGUAAGUGUUGGUCUAGCUCGGUGGAAUUUAAUAUGUAUGUUUAUAAAGUGCCAGUGUAUAUUUACAAUGUUUUAUACACCUGCAAGUUUUUUUUUAUAAAAUACUGUACUUCCCAACUUAGAUUGGGUGGGUGGGUCAUGAAAUAAAUUUGGUAAGAAAAAUUGAAAUUUUUAUCUACAUCCUAAGAUGGGUCACCAAACUUAUUGGCAAAAUUUGUGAUUUACCUCCAGCCCACCCUAGCAGUUACUUUAUGACCGGUCCCUUAAAUGUGUCAAACAUUUCAUUUAGGCUACAUUAUUAUUGGAUGAUUCUAAGUUCCAAUUGGUAGAUUGCAUAUCUUGAACAAAAUAUUGUUCAUUAAAAUUGGAAUAAUCUCUUUUAAAUAAUUUAAAGCCUUUUGGUAAGGUUGUAAAUAUAUUGAUGAUCAGAAAAUUUGGAAGAUGGUCAAUUAAAUCAUAAACUAUGUUGCCACUAACAGUAUGAUGAGGAACUGAAUUAAAGAAUAUAUUAUCAUUUAAAGUAGCUGAGUGAUGAGUUAUUCUAGUAGGCUUCAAGAUAUGAGAGUUAAAUAAGUAAGAUCCCAUCGUGUUUAAAAACUCAUUGGUACCUGGAUGUGAAUCUAUAUUUAAGAGAUUCAAAUUGAAAUCACCCAUUAUAAUGCAGUAUUUCUUUUCUCUAUUAAUUUUAUCAAUUGUUUCAUUUAAGAAUGCCAUGAAUGCUUCAAGAUCACUAUGUGGGUAUCUAUACAGGGUGUAUAAAAAAAAACUGAACAGAUUUGAAAUUGCUCUCAAUUUCGCAAAACACCUAUUUGCAUCCGGUUUUUUAUAUAUAUAGCUUCUUUGGGUACUUAUAAUGUAGAUUAAUGAAAAAAAAUUCUCAAACUCAAAUUUUGUGAACCAGGGGGGUGUGUCUUUUCCAACAAACUAAAAACGGCUCGCGCACAAAAUUUAAAAGUUAUAAUCAUAUUUUGAGUUAAUAGAUGGAAACUUUGUCGGGUUUUUAAUUACUGUACAAAAUUUCAGACAAUUUGGUUGAGUUUAAGCCCUUUAACUGUUCAUUUUAUUUUAAAAAAUCAGCCUUUCGCAUGCUUAAUUAAUGCGUUUAUCUAAUUUGCAUAUUGCUAACAUAUGCAAAUUAGGCAAAGGCAUUAAUUAAGCAUGCAAAUAGCUGAUUUUUAGGAAAAAUGUAACUUUGCGUGAAUAGUUAAAGGGCUUAAACUAAACCAAAUUGCCUGAAAUUUUGUACAGUAAUUAAAAACCCGACCAAUUUUCCAUCUAUUAAUUCAAAAUAUGAUUACAACUUAAAAUUUUGUGCGCGAGCCAUUUUUAAUUUGUUGGAAAAGACACACCCCCCUGGUUCACAAAAUUUGAGUUCAAGAAUUUUUUUUCAUUAUUCUACAUUAUAAGUACCCAAAGAAGCUAUAUAUAUAAAAAACCGGAUACAAAUAGGUGUUUUACGAAAUUGAGACCAAUUUCAAAUCUGUUCAGAUUUGUGUACCCUGAUAAAGAUUGUAAGUACGUGAUGCUUUUUCUCCUAUAAACACAAACUCUUUCAUGUCUAUAUACCAAUUUUUAAUAAGCCUCCAUGUUUUCUCCGCAAUUCCUUUGUUGUAUUGCAGCUUAAAUAACAUUGCAUAAAUCCACAUGGUAUCAAACGCUUUUAUAAUAUCCAUAUACGCUACGUAAACUUUUUCUUUUUCUUUUUCUUUUUCUGUUUCUUCGCGACAAUGAUUUAAUACUUCAUCUAUGACGAAACACGUUGUUAGAGCGUCCUGUUCUCUUUGGUAUCCACCCUGGAGAGGUUGGUGAGAGUACUUUUCUUCCUUCUGCGGUCGUGAUAAUACAAUUCUCUCCAGCAUUUUAUUUAUGCAAGGCAACAAACUGAUUUCUCUGUGAUCGUUAAAUGUUCGUGAAGUUUUAUUGCCUUUAAGAAUAGGGAUCUUAAUCGCCAUUUUGAAGGAUUUUGGAAUCUCUUCAAGCUCGAUAAUAUAACUAAACAAUUUCAGUGGCAGUUCUAGGAUAAUUUCACCUACAUAUUUAAUAUGUUCAUAUGUCAUUCCAUCUAUACCAGGUGAUUUUACCUCAGGAAGAGUAUUAAUUACUGAAGUGAUUUCCUCCGCUGUUAUAGAAGAAUGA